CCCAGGAGCGCAGCUCACUCAUACUUCGCAGGAGCGCAACUCACUCUCAAGAAUCUUAGAUCAAGAAGCUCUUCCUUCUCUCUUAUUCGUUCGCAUCGUUCUAAAUCCCGACGAGACUCCAUACUUCGUCCGCUACUUCGCGUCGGCACUUCAGUCCCUGACCUUGUCGGCUGCCUCCCUACAUCAUGAAGUCCGAACUCCUGCCGAUGUCCGAACUCACGAAGUCCCUGACCCUGCUGGCUGCAUUUACCUAGUUUGGAAUGUGGUGUUGCAGCCCCGGUUGGUUGUGAUGUGGUUGCCCCAAUCUGCUGCGAUAUUAACUUUGCUGCUGCAGCCGCAAGUGCAACCCAUAUUGAAGCCUAUAAGGCUUGUGAAUCUAUCCCUUUGAAUAGCUUUUCUGCUGCUGUAACAGCAGAAGCAGCUGCAGCCCACAAUGGUGUUUCUAAUGCUUGUGAAUCUGUUCCUUUUGAUGCCCUUACCGAUGCUGCAACUGCAACCACUACUGCAGCCCAUAUUGAUGCCUCUAAUGCUUGUGAAUUUGUCCCUUUGAAUAGCAUUUUUGUUGCUGUAACAGCAGAAGCAGUUGCAGCCCAUAAUGAUGUUUCUAAUGCUUGUGAAUCUGUUCCUUUUGAUGCCCUUACUGAUGUUGCAACUGCAGCCCAUAUUGAUGCCUCUAAUGCUUGUGAAUUUGUCACUUUGAAUAGCUUUUAUGUUGCUGCAACUACAGCUCCAAUUGCA